GAUAAACUUCUCUUUGCACCCCUGCACCGCGCAGCGUGGCCGAAAAUUUUGUGAAAUUUUUUGCUAAUUUUUAAGUUAUUUGCACGGCGAUCAAAAUGUCGGCCCUAAAUCUGACUGUCCGCGUCCAUCCUGUAGUACUGUUCCAAGUGGUCGACGCCUUCGAGCGGCGAAAUGCGGAUUCACACCGUGUGAUCGGCACUCUGCUGGGAUCCGUGGAUAAGGGAGUCGUCGAGGUGACGAAUUGCUUCUGUGUGCCACAUAAGGAACAUGAUGACCAGGUGGAAGCUGAACUGAGCUAUGCCCUGGAUAUGUACGAGCUCAACCGCAAGGUUAAUUCCAAUGAAAGCGUUGUUGGCUGGUGGGCAACUGGCAACGAGGUGACGAAUCACAGUUCAGUCAUCCACGAAUACUACGCCCGGGAAUGCAACAAUCCCGUCCACGUCACCGUAGACACAUCUCUCCAAGGUGGUCGUAUGGGUCUGCGGGCCUACGUAUGCAUCCAGUUGGGUGUGCCCGGCGGCAAGAGCGGUUGCAUGUUCACUCCCAUUCCGGUUGAGCUGACCAGCUACGAGCCAGAGACAUUCGGCCUGAAGCUGCUACAAAAGACGGUCGGCGUGUCACCAGCCCAUCGGCCCAAGACAGUUCCACCCAUGUUGGAUCUGGCCCAAAUAUCGGAAGCCUCUACCAAGCUGCAAUCAUUGUUGGAUCUAAUUCUUAAGUACGUGGAUGAUGUCAUUGCCCACAAAGUGACACCCGACAAUGCUGUAGGACGCCAACUGCUCGACCUAAUCCACGCAGUGCCGCAUAUGACACACGAGCAGUUCACCCAAAUGUUCAAUGCCAAUGUGCGCGAUCUUCUAAUGGUCAUCACGCUCUCCCAGCUUAUUAAGACGCAGCUCCAGCUCAAUGAAAAACUCACUUUCUUGCCCACAGCAUAGGCGGCGACACGGUUUCUGGCUCCAGGGGUUUCGUUUAAGUCAAAUAAUAUUUAAUGGCUAACCGAUUCUGUUUUUCUACUUACAAAUGUAUCCAGGUAAUAAAGUAUUUGGAUUGCCACAAAAAAAAAA